AUGCCAUCGAUCCUCUCCGAGGCUGACAAAGAGACCGUCAAGCGUACCGUCCCCAAGGCUGCCAACAAGAUCCAGGCUGUUGCAGUCGCUCGACUCUAUGUCGCUUAUCCGAAUCAAAAAAGAUGGACCUACACCGGACUACAAGGCGCUGCCGUCCUCUCCAAUGAUCUUGUCGGCAAUACCUUUUGGAUUAAACUCGUCGAUAUCUCUCCUGCGAACCGAGGCGUGAUUUGGGAUCAAGAGAUCUACGAUACGUUUCAGUACAACCAAGAUCGAACCUUUUUCCAUUCCUUUGAACUGGAACAAUGUAUGGCUGGGCUGUCGUUCGUCGACGAGAAGGAGGCGAGGACCUUCAAGAAGAAGAUGGACGAGCGGGAGAAGAAUGCUAGCAAGCAAACGAAAGCACAGCCUUUUGCCUCGAGCGCUGGAGGUGGCCAGGUCCACGUCGCCGGCUCGUCGCAUAAACACCACAGUCGGGUCGGCAACUUCUUGCGCGGACACAGGCACAGUUCCAACCCUAUACCGCAGUCACAGCCUCAAUCUAUCAUUCCUCAACCCAUGUAUAGUCCCGCUUCCACGAGCCGCCCGCAGAGCAGCGCAGGAGGUAUUGAUUUGGCCGAUCCCUCAUGGCGGCCCAUCCUAGACGAACUGCUCCAGAUGGGCAUCACAGAGGACCAGAUUGCAGCCAAUGCCGACUUUAUCAAGAAAUAUGUGCAGCAGAAGCAAGCAGAGGAGAUGGCCAACGGAAUUGUCCAGGCUCUGCCGUCUGUCUCCGAGACAAGGUCGCGCGCACCGCCUCCGCCACCGCCGCCCUCGGCACCGCCAGCACGAUUAAGCCCAGACGAUACGGGCGCAUCAUCUUCCAGCAGACGCGGUCCCCCUCCAGCUCCGCCGCCGUCCAGAAGGCCAGUCGGCGGCAGAGCACCAUCGCCUCCACGGUCACCGUCACCUCCCCCAAGAACGCCAUCUCCGGUUGCGAGCCCCCAGCCGAGGUUCCGCGCUCCUCCGCCCAUUGAAGAUGCAGGCAAAUAUGCCGUCAAGGAAGGUCCAGCAGCGUACGCUCCAAGGCGAGCUCGAGCCUCUUCCGGCUCUCUCGCGAACCCAGGUCCUCCACCGCCUCCUCGUCCGCCCAAGACGCCAAUUGAUGAAGAGCCACAAGGGAUGUUUAGAGUACCUCCCCCAUUCAUGGGCGAUCGCAAAUCUUCCGCUCCUCCUCCUCCACCGAGCCGUGGCCCAGUGCCUCCGCCUCCACCAAGUAGGGAUACAUCGACGCCGCAAUCCAUGCCACCUCCGCUGCCGCCUAAAGCUCCAGGACCUGCCCCGUCCCAAGCUUACAUCCCGCCUCCACCGCCUCCUCCACCCCCGGCUCGUGGUGGUCCGCCGCCCCUUCCACCGCCGAAUACGCGAGCUGUCCCUCCGCCGCCAUCCUCGGCGGGUCCUCCUCCUCCACCGCCGCCACCUCCUCCAAUGCCAUCGUCCUCAGGUCCUCCGCCUCCGCCUCCCCCUCCGCCACCAAUGCCUUCGUCGUCCGGACCACCUCCUCCACCGCCCAUGCCUUCGUCUGGUGGUCCACCUCCGCCGCCUCCUAUGCCCGGUGCAAGUUCAGGGCCGCCUCCUCCACCUCUUCCACCGGUGGGCGGUGGCGGCGACGGACGAGACUCACUCCUCGCAGCCAUUCGAGGAUCGGGCGGAGGCGGCGGUCUGCGGAAAGUCAAGGACAGCGAGAAACGAGAUCGUUCGGCUGCCAUGGUUCCAGGAACGGAAUCGGCGGCUCCGCCCCCGCCUGGUGGCGCUCCAGGAAGUCCAGCCGGCGCGGGUGAUGCUCAGGGUGGUCUUGCCGGCGCACUUGCGGCAGCUCUUAGUCAGAGGAAGAAGAAAGUCAGUGGCAGUGACGACGAAAAGGACGACGACGACGACUGGUGA